UCUUUCACCUCGCCUUCUUCCCAUUAAUCCAGAGUCGAGAGUCGAGACACGCCACGCGUUUUGCUUCCUUUUCCCCUCUCCUCGCGCACCUUCCCUUCUCCACCACCCUCCAGACCAAACAUCCCCGUCCAAGCAAACAAUCGAAAAAAAAGGGAGGGCGAAUUCCGCUCGCCGACGACCUCCCCCGCCGCCGUGUUGACACCACAUGGCCUCGACGCCCUCGGCGCUCUUGUCCGACUGCCGCCUCCGUUCCUCCGCCGCCUCGCCGAGCACCGUCCGCAGCCUGCACCAGCCUCCUCCUCCUCCCCCGCCACAGCAGCCUCGACCCGUCGUCGUCCUCUGCUAGGUCUCUCGCCAGCCGCGCUUCCCCGCCCCCACCCGCGCGCCAAUUCGGCGGGCGCCAGGAGUCUAGGGUUUGCUGCCUCCCGUGUCUGAUUUGAUGACUAGGGUUGGCGCCACCGGCGAGGAGUUCGCGCUGCUGGGCAGGUUCCUCACGCUCGCUUCCAUUCCCAUGGCUGGAAAGAUACGAAUACGACCGUCCGUGUUAGGUUCUAUUUGUGUACUACCAGUUACAGUCUCUUUUUGUUAAGAAGCUUGCAAUCUUAGGGCUCGGGAGGAAACUAAGAUCUCAAGUGUGGUGUUUUUUUUUCUGUGUGUGGAAACUUGAGAUAGUUGCAAGGAGGGAAAAUCAGGGAGGAGGUAGCCUUGUGGAGGUUAAUUUGGGGGGAAUUUGUAAGACAGAGACACGGAAUUGAAGGGACCAGUGGUGGUAACUCGAGGGGAUUUCGCCAUGGUGGGGAAGGAUUUGGUGCUGCAACAGAAUGCUCCGGUGGACAUCCGUGAGAUUGCUGCCAAGGCCACGCUCCGGGAGGUUCGGCAGAACGGGCACACCUAUGUGGAGCUCCGACGCGUAGGGAAGCGCGUCAUCUUCUUCUGCACCAUCUGCCUCACCGAGUGCUUCAGCGACAAUGUGCUGUUUGACCACCUCAAGGGGAAUCUGCACUCACGGCGGUAUGCCGAGGCCAAGGUCACCCUGUUUGGGCCCAUGCCAUGGCCGUUCAAUGAUGGUGUGCUCUUCUUCAACAACUCACGCGAGAAUGAUCCGCUCUUGCUGGACUCAAGCUUGCAUAACACCGGAGAACUUGCUCUGGUUCCCCAUCCUGACUUCUCAGGGAAAGACUCUGAGGUGACAUCAAGGCUGAGAGAUGGUUCAAGCUCCCAAAAUGGUGCAAAAGGCUCAUUCAGCGGUGCAAACAGACGUCUGAAUGGUAGAUCUUCUACCAUAACUGAAGAUAGUGCUCUGUCAAACUGCAAUGAAACCAAUGGUCAGCUUGUUAUUCCUGGUGUAUUGAUAAAGGAUGUUGUGUUGAAUUUGCCUGUGCAUCUCUUGGGUUAUGGAAACAUUGCAUACAAGAUUGCUGAAGCUAGCGAUGCUCGUAAGAAGAUCAGCAAAAUCUGGUGUGCUUGGGUAGGAGAAGAAGCCUCACAGGGCUCUGAGGCAUGUAACAUCUAUGAACAAUCUGGUUUCGCCAUUGUCAACUUUUCUUAUGCAUAUGAGUUGGGAAGGAAGUGGCCUUCUGAAGAUCAGGACCUUCCCAUCUCUGCUGGAUCUUUCUUUGUCAUUGAUGAGGCUGGACAUCGUGGAAAGCGAAUGAAGAAGUCAUUUUCUGAUCAAGAAGCAUCUUCAGAAGAGUCAAAUGGCCAGACUCAGGACAAAAGUCAAGCUAUCAUGACUGGUUCCCCAACAGGUACCUCAGGCAAUCUUCAAGUCAGCCCCUUGUCCAGCAAGUCUAUGAGGAGAGAGCUGAGGAAGCAGAAGCGACUUGCUGCUGAGAAAGUUUGUGAUAUUUGUGGGCGAUCAAUGCUUCCUGGAAAGGAUGUCGCCACCUUGCUGAACUGCAGCACAGGAAACCUAGCUUGCAGCAGUAGAAACUCCAGUGGGGCUUUUCAUCUAUUUCACACUUCAUGCUUACUGCACUGGACUAUUAUGUGCCAAUAUGAGGUACUGGCUGAUCAAAUUGUAAAGAUGGGAAAGAGCAAACGAGGAAGAAAGGCAAAAACCGCGCCAAAGAGCAGAAUAACAUCCAUCCUUUGCCCAGAAUGUCAGGGUACAGGGAUUCACGUCGAGGGAGAUGAGCUCGAAAAGCCAACUAUUUCGUUGUCUGAGAUGUUUCGCUACAAGCUGAAGUCCAUCGAAGCCAACAAGGCAUGGAUGAAGACCCCUGAGAUGCUGGAGAACUGUUCCACUGGGCUCCAUUUCCCUGCGGAACAUCUGGAGAAUGCGGAGGAGCAGGUGAUGCCACUGAAGUCGCUUCCUUUCUUUGCAGCUGAUGGAUAUAUGGCAUAAUUCGUGGGUUAAGCUCAUGGACCAGGUGACGCUAACGAUGGAAGUGAGCUAUACCAUUCUGCCAGAGCCAUUGUAAAUCUACUAGAGCAGCUGUAAAUAAGCAUGCAUGACUAUACUGGGAACAGUGUAUGCUAGAGAUGCUGACGUUUAUUUUGCUUGUAAUCGUGUUGUAUCUAUGAUGUUUAGGUUUGCAGACACGUCUGUCUGUCAACCGGGUACAAUCCAGCAAAACUGUUAGACUGGGUUGUAGUAACCAUAAACUCUAUACAUGUUGCACUGCUCACAAUCUUUAUUUUGUUGUAAGAUGUGGCUGUAAUGGCCACAUUACAUCUCCACCAUCGCUUGGUUGA